AUGGAAGUUGCAGUAAAAGUUUUCAAUUUGCAGACAAAAGGAUCUUUUAGGAGUUUCGACGUCGAAUGUGAAGCUAUGUUUAAUAUAGUUCACCGCAAUCUUGUCAAGGUUAUUACUUGUUUCUCCAAUGUUGACUUCAAAGCCUUGGUGCUUGAUUUCAUGCCUAAAGGAAGUCUUGAGAAAUGGUUACAUUCUGGAAAUUAUUUCCUUGAUUUCUUACAAAGGGCCGACAUAAUGGUAGAUGUUGAGACAGCUCUAGAACAUCUCCACACCAGACAUCCAACACCGAUAAUUCAUUGCGACAUAAAACCGAGUAAUAUUCUACUUGACGACGACAUGGUUGCACGUGUUGGGGAUUUCGGUAUUGCCAAAUUGUUGAAGGAAGGAGAUGUGAUGAAACAAUCCAUGACUCUUGCAACUAUUCAUUUUGGAUCAGCUGGAAUUGUCUCUAUAAAUUGUGACGUUUAUAGUUAUGGAAUUGUUCUUAUAGAAACUUUCACGAAGAAAAAGCCAACUGAUGAAAUGUUUGCUGAAGAAAUGACUAUAAGGCACUGGACGAAAAGAUCAUUGUCUAGAGGAACUAUAGAUAUUGCAGAUGUUAAUUUAUUAAGAAAAUAUGAUAAGUGCUUUGUUGUUAGUAUUUCGUCCAUCUUGGAGUUAGCUUUGGACUGUUCAGCUGAAUUACCUGAAGAAAGAAGAGAUAUGAAGGAUGUUGUUACUGAGCUAAAGAAGAUCAAACAAAGGUUUCUCAACGGCAUCGAACAUGUUUAA